CCACUAACAAAAUAGAUAGAGAGAGUGAGACAAUGGGAGGUGCAGUUAAAUAGAGGGACGACAAAGUCAAUCUGUCCAUCCUGCCUCUGCUGUUGUCACAUCUUUCUCACUCCUGCUUCUGACUCUGUGAGAUCUCAUCAACAGGAUGCCUGAGCAUGUGCAAGAGAGGAAACCAAAGAUCUCGGCUUCAAGGAAGCUGAUGCUCAAGAGUCUGAUGGUGGCAAAGGCCAAGGAGGAACUAGAACAGGAGGUCCUGGUUAAAGAGGAGGAGAAACAGAAGUAUCUGGCAGAGAGAGCUCCUCCUCUGAACACCAGCGGCCUGAGCCUUGCGCAGCUACAGGACCUCUGCCGUGAGCUCCAUGUCAAGAUAGAUGUGGUGGAUGAGGAGCGAUAUGACAUUGAAGCCAAAGUCAUGCUCAACACACGUGAGAUUAAAGACCUGAACAUCAAGGUGUUGGACCUCAGGGGGAAAUUCAAGAGGCCUAAUCUUCGACGAGUUCGUGUGUCUGCUGACGCCAUCCUUCGCUCGCUGCUGGGCUCCAAGCACAAAGUCUCCAUGGACCUCCGGGCAAACCUCAAAUCUGUCAAGAAAGAGGACACUGAGAAGAAGAGGCCAGUGGAGGACAGCGACUGGAGGAAGAAUGUGGAGGCCAUGUCAGGGAUGGAGGGAAGGAAGAAGAUGUUUGAUGCUGCUAAGGGUCCUGCCCAGUGAAUCGGUUUUGUUUUCCUGUUUUGUUUUGGUAGCUUCUGCCUGUCUGUGUAAUGCUGUCAUUCUUGCGUAUGCUCCUGCCGUAGAGGUGAGAAGAUGCCCCCAGUCUCCCAAAAGGUUUUCUCCACUUUCCUUAACAACUGAUCUGUUUGUUGUUCGUUGAUAUGGUGUUAAACAUGACUUUAUCUAUGUGUAUCGUUCUAUAAAUAUUUGCAGAACAAUGGCAAAAAAAUGAAGCUUAUAUCACUAGGAGACAAAUGUGGAUAGUGUUGUAACUUAAUCAGCAGGCCAAGUGAUAGUGUAGCCAGUAAUAAUAUGAACCUGGUCAAUUAAACUGCAUCUUUGAUGUUCUUGCUCGCUGAUGAACUGUAAGCAUGGCCUGUGGUUUUGUGAACUGUAAGAGAAUGAUAUUUGCACUUCAUCCACUGAAUUUACAUGAAUUUCAACAAAGCAAUAAAAGGUUAAAUUAA